AAUAUCAAAAGUGCAUUGUUUAUGGUCGAUGGAAAGUGUUUUUCGUUGGUGUCGUACGUAAUAAAUUUAGGAUUUUCAAUAUAAAUUCGUAAUACUGUGCAAAAAACUGUAACACAAUAAGCUACAGUGUUUGAAACUAAGCCAUGGCUUUAACGGUUGACAAACUAACCAACGAGAACAGAUUUUCUGGUGACAGUUUGAUCCAGUUCCUCCUCUACCUGCCGUUUGGCCUGGUCCUGCUGGCGGUGAGGGUUGUGCUGGUGCUCGUGCUGUGGAUCGCUUCCAUCAUACUGCCCAAGAAGUCCUCCUUCAGUCAUUUACUGUCAGUCCUAGCAUGCUGUACUUUUGGUGUAUAUGUGAAGUUAAAAGGCAAGCGUGACCCUCGGUGCAGCUUACUGGUUGCCAACUAUGUGUCGGCACUGGACUCCCUGGCUUGCGCUCAUGCACUGGGGACUAUUAGUCUAAGGAAAUGGAAAGUGCCGCCAUUUUUCGCGUCAUCUCUCGGCAUCAGGAGCGCGGCGCAGUUCGUGAGAAAAGAGCACUUCGCGGACUCCCCGCGGCCCGUGCUGCUGCAGCCGGAGGGCGGCGCCACCAACGGGCGUGGCCUGCUGCAGUUCUGUGAUUGGCCCUUCCAGAUCGGCGGCCGAGUGCAGCUCGUCGCUAUUACGGUGGAACGUCCAUUCACGAACGUCACAGUUCACCGGCCGCUCGACUCGGGCCUGCCGUGGGCCGACGUGCUCUGGUUCCUGUUCACUCCGGUGACGGUGUACCAAGUGACCCUCCUGCCCGUGGUGGAGCGAGCUGAUGCGGCCGAGGAGGCCUUCGUGGAGACUGUUCGAGGCAGUAUCGCCAAUGCGUUGGGGGUGGAGGCGACGGCGUACCGCUGGGAGCACGUGUGGGCGGGGCGCCGGCGCCGCGUGGACCUGCGCCCGCUCGCCGAGCAGGUGCGCCAGGUGCUGCCGCGCGUGCCCCGAGCGGACAUACUGCGCGACCUGGCGAUAACGCGCAGCGUGGACUUAACAAUAACGAACUUCCUUGAGGGCACCACGCCCUACACGCCCGAGCCGGAGGUCGAACCCGAGACCCCCGGCCCGAGCGCCGCGCCCAAGUACAUCACGCCCGCGCCCACCGGAGUCUUCCCUAAGAACGCGAAGGACCGCCAACAGAGCUUCCAGGAGAGGAAACUGCAGAUGAUCGCGGCGGCCCGACAGAGGUAUAUCGAGAAACACGGGCUGGAUGUCGCGGGCAAUUGUUGAUGCGAUUGUCACGUUUUGAAGUGUCUUUUUGGUGCGGGUUUUAGUUUAGUUCCUGCUCAAGUGGAAGUAUUUUCGUAGUGCAACCGAUGAUGGUUAAAUAAAUAAGGUGGACGUUUUAGUUCGUUACAGGAUGACGUAAUUAACAUUGCCUUUCAAAAAGACACUACAAAAUAAAAGAAUGGGUUUCUAGUUGUACGAUGGUUUAGUGCCUAAUGCCUACUAUGAUAACUAGAUAAAUAAGCCAAAAUAUUUUACUGACAGAAAUCAUUAGAGAUUAUUAUAAAAUAUGAAAUACUAGUUGUCAUGGUUUGGGUGAAUAAAUGUAAUUAUAAUUCGUAAUCACAAUGCAAGACGAUUAAAAGACAUAUUUUCGCGAACCUGCAUUUUGCAUUAAGGAGAGAUCUAGUGUAUUAAAAUAAGAGAUGUUGUUACAUAAUAAUUAGGGCUCAUUGUAGUUAGAUCUCUGAGGGUACCCCUUUUCAAAUUACCAUUAUAUUUUUGAUCAGCUAUGUUUUUCGGAAAGUCGACGAAUAUCGAUUAAAAGCAGAUAAGAUGCGAAAUUAUUACCUCUCAGAGAUUUCUCCAUAUGGGUCCAUCAUACAUAGAUGCAAGAAUAAAGGAAUUGCUGCAUGUUUGUGACGUGCCAACACGCAUACUUUCAUAAAAUGAAACUAUUUUGGAAGUUGCAGUUGCUAUGUAUGUCAUUGUAUGUAUGUCUGACUCAAGUUGUAAAAUGGGUAAAAAUGACGUGGCUUUUGUAGCUACAAAUUGCAAUAAAAUAACGAAUCAAUAUUUUUGAAAGUAUUGAAAUCGGUUUAGCUAUGUUUUUGGGUAUCAGAAAUCUACAAAACAUCAUUAUUUUUGGAAUCACUAGGUUAGGUUUUAUAAUAUUUUUAUGUAUGACUCAUUAGUCUUUUAGGACCACUCCAAUACCAUUCUAUGUAACGAGAGUUAAAAACUGAUUAACUCCAUUAAGUAUAAACAUAAUUAUAUAUUAUUUGGCCUUACUCUACUGUACAAUUAUCCUCUUAUAUGUUUUAAUUGUAGCAAUGAUCGUAGGCCUUCAAGCAUCCGUAACUUAUUCAAAAUUUUAGGCAUCUAUAACAUCACCGUAAUAAUAUCACGUAUUCACGGCAUGUACCUACCAUGAAGUCAGUCAAUAUUGCUUGUUUGGUUUUUAUAGUAUUCUUAGUUCCUUAAUUUCGUAAUAUCUAGUCUGAAGUAAUUUCUGCGAAGAGGCUAUUCAUAAUGAUGAAUUAACAUUCUUUAAUUGAUUCAAUAUAGGAAGUUUCAAGUCACUCAGUCCAACCAAUUUGACCGCCACAAGAUAAGCUACAUUUAAAUGCUGCAAUGGGUUUCGCUUUUAAUUUAUAACCAUUCCAUUUUUAUUCAGUACAAAAUAGCCAGAGAUUAUGAGAAACAUGUUGUUAUACCACACACAAUGAUCACAAGAGUGAGUGAAUCACGGCAAUAAUUUGAACUUUUAUUUUUAUCUUCUAUUCAAUGGCUGGUAAAA